AAAAAGAAAAGUCCCCGCCUUACGCAGCUCUCUCGAUGAUUUGUUAAAUAAUAAGAAUAUAAUUAUAGAAGACAUCUCCUCCGCCUAAGAUCUCAUUCUCGUUUUCCUUUUCCCACUUUGUCUCUCAAAUCCCAAACUCCAUAGUUCCUUCCUUUUUUCUCUCUUCUUCUUCUUCUUCUUCUCCGAUAACAGAAUUAGGGCAAAUUUUUUUAGAUCUCUCUGAUUGUUGGUGAAUGGAAGAUAAUCGGGGACAGUUUUCUCGUUUCGUUUGCUGAUUCUGAAGCAUUUUGAGUCGUUUUUGGUGGCCGAGCAAUUGUUUGAUGCGUGUGACUCCGAUCGUGGUUCGAGGCCUCACAUGGAGUCGAUCUGGAGCUACAAUGGCGAGCAGAUCGCUUGGCAUUUCGUCGUCGCCGUUUACUUCGCCUUCAGCUUCGUCGUCGCCAGGUUCUUCCUUGACAGAUUCAUCUUUCGCAGGGUGGCCACCUGGUUGUUGAGUAAUGGAUCUGUUCCAUUGAAGAUUAAUGACGCUAGGCGAGCAAAGAUUGUAAAAUGCUCCGAGUCAAUGUGGAAGUUGACAUACUAUGCUAGUGUUGAAGCAUACAUUCUCAAAAUUACCUAUAACGAGCCGUGGUUCGGAGAUACCAAAGAGUACUUCAGAGGCUGGCCAGAUCAGGAGUUAAAGCUUCCACUAAAGCUUUUCUAUAUGUGCCAAUGUGGAUUCUACAUCUAUAGUAUUGCUGCUCUCCUUGCUUGGGAGACUAGAAGGAAGGAUUUCGCAGUGAUGAUGUCCCAUCACAUAAUAACUGUUAUCCUGAUUGGUUACUCAUACCUUACAAGGUUUUUCCGCAUAGGCUCAAUUGUCCUUGCCCUGCAUGACGCAAGUGAUGUGUUUAUGGAGGCUGCAAAGGUUUUCAAAUAUUCAGAAAAGGAGCUUGCAGCAAGUGUGUUCUUUGGAUGUUUUGCUUUUUCAUGGCUCGUACUACGUCUAAUAUUUUUUCCGUUUUGGGUCAUAAAGUCGUCAAGCUAUCACCUUUGUGAGUUCAUGCCGCCAUCAGAGGCCUUUUACAGAUUCACCUACUACGUUUUCAAUACUAUGUUACUUAUGCUGCUUGUUUUCCAUAUAUACUGGUGGGUGCUCAUAUGUUCAAUGAUCAGAAGACAGCUAAAAAAUAGAGGAAAAGUUGGAGAAGAUAUUAGAUCUGAUUCAGAGGACGAUGAUUAAAUGAAGAUUUUGUUCGAAUUCUUCUUGUUUGCCUUUUUCUCAGCAACCUGUUCAUUGGGGAGGUUUGUGGGCUUAUCAAAAGUGUUUUAUGUGGCUGUAGGAAGGGGGUUCACUUUGUUUAUAAUUAUCAUUGUUAAUUUUUUUUUUUUCUCAAAUCUAAUUCUUGGGCUAGAGCUGAGGUGGGGACAUCAGGGAUAGUCAUCUUGCUAUCGUUUUGGUGUACAAAUAAUAGGCAAUUCUUGUAUGAUUGUUUUCUCUAGAUUAUCUUUCUUUUUUUCUCUCUUUUUUUUUUUUUUUUUUUUUUUGAAAUCACUGAUCAAUCUUCACUUGGAGAACUGAAAUAUAUUUCUGUUAAUUCUUUUCAUGAAGGUGUUCUGUAAU